ACUCCCCCUCUUUCUCAUCACAGAUUUGUAUCGUCACUCCUGCCAGAAUCUGUGUUAAACCCAAAGACUGUGGGAAUUUUUUGUAGAACUUGUGGACUAGCAGCUGUUCCCAGCUCCCGGCCAGGCGUGACAAGAGUUGCUGUACGAUAAUAUUGCAGGAAAUGCCGAGUCAGCUUGAGAAAGUGGUGGCCCAGAAAAAAGAGGCCAUUGAAGCAGUGAUGGAGAUGUUUGAGAGAGGGGCAGAGGUGCUAGCCAGCACUGUGGGGGAGCUCUUUCCUCUCUGCGAGGCCGCCGCCCCCGUCCUCCGCCUUGCCCUGGACAACGUGCAGAGUAAAGAAGUGUUUUAUGUAAAGGAGCAGUUCUUGGUCGUGCGAAACCAGCUGGACGUCCUCUCUUUUCAACUGGAGGACAUCGACUGUGAGAUUAAGAAGGGCCGGCUGGACACCCAGUACUUUUCAGUUGAGGAAAACCUACGCAACCAGUUCCGCAAAUAUGUUGACAUCCUGGAGGCAAAACCCCAGUUCCGCGAGGUCAAGAGGAGGUUGUUCUUGGAGCACUUCAGCAAAACAGGAGGGGAGAAGAACCUCUGUGUCCUCCAUGAUGCACUCAUGGGCACCAACACGUUUGGCGAAUCCAUCCUGGAGGUGGUAGAGAGGUACGAGGCUCGCAACAGGAGGGUCCUGGAGGACUUUUGUGUGCGGAUGAAGGAGCUCUUCUGCCUGGGAUUGAUUGCCUUGCUCGGCUACUGUGCCCUCAGCCAAGGGGAGGAAGAAGAGCAGGAAAAGAUUCAGGAGUGGAGCGGCAAAAUCCAGGAGGUUGAGACCAAAAUGAAAGCUGCCAUCGAGGCGUGCGUGACAGCGUUCCCUGAGCAGGCGUGCCUGGAUGCCCAGAGGCUGGUCAAGGAGAAGGAGAGCAAGAACCUCCAGGACGUAGCCGAGGAGCUGCGGGACUUCCUGGUCCGGAAGUAUGACUGGGUCAGCUGGUCUGUCCGCGUGAUCAACCACUCCGGGAGCAGCUACCGCAACUGGAGGGCCGGGGAGACCUUCCAUCUGGUGAGUGGGCAGGGCUGGUUUGACGUGCUGCAGGUGAACGACACCAACCUGGUGGUCUCCUACAGCUGCUGUCCCCAGCCGGUGCCCAAGGAGAGCAUCCAGGAGCUGAUGGCAGGGCCGGCGAAGAGGGCGGAUGCCAAGGCAGUGGUGGAGGCCCUACAGAAGCAGCUGGCCGGGUUUGUGGUCCACGCCAUCAGUCGCCACAAGGAGAGCUGUGCUGCUUGGAACUUUCCGGAAGACUGCCAUUACUGGGAGAGGCACAAAAAUGUGUCUCUUUGUAUUCACUCAGAGUAAGGCAGCUGUUGACAGAACUUUGCUUCGACUUGUUAACUUGUAGUCCAGAUUAGUGGUUUAAAUGGUCAUUUUUUUCGCAAACCAACAUUGUGAGUAUGGCUUUAUAUGUGUGCAAAUGUAUGGACUACAAUAACAGUAUUUCAUGUUGGCCUUAAUUUAUUUCCUAACUAAAAAAGCAUUCAAGUAUUCAGUUGCAGACUUGCUAAAAGACAUUUCUUAUAGUUAUUAUAUAUAGAAAAUAAAAUAUAGCAUAGUAAAGACAACACCUCAUAAAUAUGUAAUGUGUACAUCUUUAAUAUGAACAUGAUGGUCAUAUGCACAUCUCUCCUCUUCAAAUAGUGAGAUCAGCCAUUUUAAAACAAGUGCACUUUACCUCGUAUAAUGGCAGCAACAGCCUUCUUUCCACAUGCUAACCCUGUAGAGCGCUUCUUGAGUGAUUUGAAAUUCUGCGUCGUGACAGUGAGUUCAACAGCAGGAGGAAGAGAGCUCUAACUCCAGAGAGACCAUUCUCACGGAAAUGGGCCUAUCAAAAGUGCCCUUCUGUUCUGGCCCCGCACGACUCCAGCUUGCCCUACUUACCACCGCCACGGUGAAAGGGGGCCUGGAAGCGGAUCUGUGGACCGUGAACACAAUCAUUGCUGGCUCCAUAAGCCCAGAUGACUGUGUCUGCACUCAGUAGGCUACACUUCACUCAGUAUCUCAAACGACCAAAGACUGACAUCCAUUUCAUCUGUGUGUAACAAAUAUUAUCCUCAGCAUAGAGAGACAUUUUGUAUAUGAAAACUUUAAUUAAUGUAAUCCUAUUUUACACAUUAAAACUGUCUUUUGAGGCUCAAAUGCCUUUAAUUAAAUGCCCUGCAUGUAAUCAAAGCCUAACAGUCAUUUACUUUUUUCAAUUAAACAAGUCACAUUAGCUUUUAUAGCAUUUCCUUUAACACUUCAACUGAGCGUCCUAUUGCGCUGUUCACUCUGCUGAACCCUACAUCCUCCACUCACCCUCCUCCUGUAAUUGAAUAUCUGGUGCCUAUUUUGCGCAGCAUGUUUUGUGUAAACAGAAUUUGCAAACAACUGUUGACAUAUAUUGCUAUUAAAUCUCUUUGGUGGCCACAAA